GCAUGCAUGCAUAUCCAUCUAAACUGGAGAAUCAUCGCCGAAGCUCGGAGCAGAAGGUGGGAGACCGACCAUAACGAUGUGCAGGUACCAGCAGGAUGGCCGGGAUCUGGAAGAGGCGCCGUCGAGCUCGCCGCGGCUGGUGGCGGUGUGCGUCGACAGUAGCAAGAACAGCGUGAGCGCGUUCAAGUGGGCCGUCGAGGAGACGGUCGCGGGGAACAGGAGCAGCCAGCCCCAGCCCAUCGUCCUCGUCCACGUCAAGCAGCCGGCGCAGCCGCACGUCAGGGAGAUCCUCCUCCCGUUCCGCGUCUUCUGUGCGCGCAAAGGCGUCUUCUGCAUGGACGCGGUGCUGGACGACGGCCACGGCGACGUGGCCAGGUCGAUCGUCGAGUUCGUGGCGCGCGGCGUCGUCGAAAAGCUCGUCGUCGGCGCCACCGGGAGGGGCCUCUUCCGAAGAAGGUUCAUGGCGGCCGACGACAUCCCGACGGCCAUCACCAAGGGCGCGCCCGACUUCUGCGACGUAUACGUGGUCGGCGAGGCCGGCAAGGUCUCGUCCGUUCGAGCCUCCACGGACAAGUCCCCGCUUUGGCCGGAGAUACGCAGGCUCGCCGAGGCGGCUGAGAAUUUCUGGUCGGAGAUACGCGACCUCGGCGAGGCGGCCGCUAGUCCACCGGCGGGACGUGACCGGCUGGGGCGCCGAUAUGGCGGGCCAGUUUCCAUGCCCGAUAGUAUAUUGCAAGAGAAUCAGGAGCUCCGUCGUGCCAACGAGACUCUGGCACAGCGGCAAGAAGUCCACACCCGGAUGAUUUUGAUGCUUUUCGCGGAGUUGGGUAAAGAACCGCCCCGGGAGCUCCUACACAAUAUGGAAACUCCGAGCAAUAUGAAUGGACGACAAGAGCCUGUUACUUUCAACACCCUGUUUCACAAACAGUGAUAAGCCGUCCCUUGUUCUCACAUAGCACCAUCAAAAUUGUCUAUGUUAAAUGCCACAUUAGUAUUCAGUUUGUGGUACCAUGUAUUGAACCAUUUGUAAUGAUCUUGAACAACCUUGGACGAAACAAAUACUCCCUCCGUUCCAUAGUUUGAACUAAAACCAAGACACCAAUUAUGGAAUGUAGAG